UGAAACUGCUUUGGUUAGAAAAACGAGGAAGUUACCCGACGGCAAAGGAGAAUUUUCUCGUCACUUAGAAAAUAGAAGCACGCGUGUUCAUUUCAUCCCAUCAAAGACGACGGAACAAAGUAACGAUGUCCAGCUCACAGUUUAACAGAGGACCUGCUUAUGGAUUUUCUGCAGAAGUCAAAAGCAAAAUUGCCCAGAAGUAUGAUCCUCAGAAGGAGGAAGAGCUGCGCAUCUGGAUCGAGGGUGUGACUGGCUGCUCUAUAGGGGAUGACUUUCAGAAGGGCCUGAAGAAUGGCGUCAUUCUCUGCCAACUCAUCAAUAAACUGAAGCCUGGUUCAGUGAGGAAGAUAAACCAGUCUGCUCAGAACUGGCAUCAGCUGGAGAACCUGUCCAACUUCAUCAAAGCCAUUACAGCAUAUGGACUGAAGCCUCAUGAUAUUUUCGAAGCCAAUGACCUGUUUGAAAAUGGGAACAUGACCCAGGUCCAGACCACUCUCCUGGCCCUCGCUGGCAUGGCGAAGACCAAAGGCCUGCAGUCAAGUGUGGACAUAGGGGUGAAGUAUGCUGACAAACAGCAGAGGGCAUUUGAUCAGGAGAAGAUGAAGGCUGGAAAUUGUGUCAUUGGCCUGCAGAUGGGUACCAACAAGGGAGCCAGCCAGGCGGGCAUGAAUGCCUAUGGCACCAGGAGACACCUGUAUGACCCGAAAUCUCAGAUCUUGCCACCUAUGGAUAACUCCACCAUCAGUCUGCAGAUGGGCACAAAUAAAGGGGCCAGCCAGGCUGGAAUGACUGCUCCUGGAACCAGACGUGCUAUUUAUGACCAGAAGCUGGGCACAGACAAGUGCGACAACAGCACUAUGUCCCUACAGAUGGGUUACACCCAGGGUGCCAACCAGAGUGGGCAGAACUUUGGCCUGGGCCGCCAGAUCUACGAUGCCAAGUACUGUCCCAAGGGCGAAGAAGAAAAUGGGGCGGAGGCUGGCGGCUAUGCCCAGGAGUACCAGGAUGAGGGUUACCAGGGAUACCAAGAUGACGGGAAGGACUACUGAACGAGUGAAGCCAAAGUUGUUUUGCGUCAGGAUGGCUGUAAACAGCAUUUCCUACUUUUUAUUGUCAGUUAGUGAUUUUCCCCUUGAAACAAAGACAUAAUUUUGAUCAAAAGGAAUCUGAUUUUCCACUUUUAGUCACUUUCAAAUGAAUUGUGGCUGCCCCCUCACCAAGAGAGGGGCGAAGAGGAAGAGAUCGGAUUAAGUUCCUCGAACUUGUCUGGAAAAAGUGUUAGCAUUCCCUAUUACCCUGCUAUGCUGUGUUUUAAGGAAAGGCGCCUCCUUUUAAUAAUGGAUAUGGCAGUAGGAUGAGUUGUAAUUGCGCACAGAAAGGUGUUCUUAAAUUAUUACAGGUUGAGAUGUUACAAAUGACAGUAAUGCACCAGAAGUAUUGAUGCAACAUGUUAUUUAAUAUUGUUGGCAGAGAUAAUAGGUCAGUGUUGGCACAGGGAACGAGUCUGCCCUGUUACUGCUUAACCAUGGAAAACGUGCAGAUCUGCAUUUUGUUACAAUUUCCCAUGAUCCCAAGAUUUCCUAGGAAACCAAGAAAGUCAUAUUUACCCUUUUUCACCGUCGUGCCUUGUCAUGCCCAGUAGAGUCAGAUGGUGUCCAUAGUGACCCAAGGUUCUGGGCAUCUCCCUUAUCAUUCCAGCUCCUGCCAUGAAGAUCGUGGCUUGUGUUACGUCAGUGUGAUAGUUCAUGUGAAUGGGGUAGUGUUUCCGCAUGAAAGCUUGAAACGGCUUUGUUCUUCCUGUUUGUCCUUGGUCUUUGAUUGUGUUCUCGUCAUUCAAAGUAUUCAAAGUAAACAAGCGGCUUUCGCUUCCGUGAUAACCACGGUGAUUCAUAAAUGCUUUUGUUAAUGUGACCAAAUUUCUUACACAGAAGGAUCCUUUAUAAACAGUGCCAGUAUCCUUCUUAAUGUGAUUUCUUUUUACAAUCCAUUAAGCAAUUUUAAAUUCAGUCAUUUGUUGCUUUGUUUUAUCUUAUUCCUGACACUUGUUUUAGCAAUCAUUUAGCUGUCAGCAGCUGCUAAGGAAAACUGGAGUUAUACCAACCAGCACCAUAGUGUUUAUUCUGCAUCAUUCCUUUACUUCCUGUGAAUUGUUUUCAUGCAUUUAUGUUUUAAAAUUGUAUAUUUUACAAGCCUGUAAUGGAUACCAAUUGAAAAAUGUUGAGCUUUGAAAAGGAAGGGAAGAAAUUGUAAUAAAUUGUGUAUAUACUGCAAAA